AUGACAUUAUUAAUCAAAUUUGUCCUUGCUUGCUUGAUUCAAAUAACUAAUUCAUAAUGGCAAACAUAAUAUAGUUUGUUAGACUAAAAUGAGAAAUAUACCUAUACAACUGGAACAUCUAUAGCAUAUACAAAAUCAGGAUACUUUGUUUCGGCAUUAAGUACUACAACUGCUAAUUUUAUCACAUGUACAACUCCUCCAACAAGUUACAUUACUCUAAAUCAAACAUAAAUAUUAGCAAAAUAUUAUUCUUCAUAUAUCUACAGGAACGGGUAUUUUGUAUCAGUGGACUUAUUUUUUCAAGGUACAUGGUCAUCUCAAAUUAUUACCAUUGUUUUAGGAUCAUUUUCAUACUCAUAUAGCUAUACCUCACCUGCAAAUUAUUCAUUAACAACUUAAUUUUGUGAUAAUAUCUCUGCUGACGUCAGAACUGUUAAUUUUACAAUUUAAUCAACAAGCUCAACUUCAGGGCAAGCUCAAUUAAAUAUCUCAAAUACAAAUACAGGAUAAGUUUCAAUUAGGAAUUUUAUCAUAUCAAGUCCAUAUUGUUAUCCUUCUUGCAUGUAUUGUACAGGUCCAAAAUUCAAUCAAUGCACUGGAUGCUAUUAUGGACAACAUACAAAUAACAUUUGUCCACCAUGUCCAUCAAAUUUAUAUUAUUAGUAAUAUACAGGAUGCAAAAAUAUUUGUGACAUCUACUCUCCAUUAUAUUCAAAUGGAUUUUGUUAAUAUUAUAAAAGUAUAUAUUAUAUUUUUUAUUAUCAUAGUUUAUUCAUUAGAAUAAGGUAAUAUUGAGUACUCUCCAACUUCCUCUGAAAAUAUGAAAUGGUCAUUAAUAUAUGACCCACAGCACAUAGAUACAUCUCCAACAAUCAUAACUUAUAAUUAAUAUCACUAUGGAGUAUUUAAGUUUAACUCUGGUAUAUAUAGAUUUUUCAACAAAAUUUCUAAUUAUCCUUAUGCCACUUAUUUAAUUGGUAUCAAAAUUUCAAUACUUACAUUUAAUGAAACCCCAAUUAAUUGUGGAAUAUCAUUUAAGAUUAAUAAUACUUAUUUUGGAUCUAUUUAUAGAGAUGACUCUGGAAUUCAAACCCACAAGAUAUAACUCUAUGAUACCUUUUUUUAAGGCUCAUAUAUGAAUUAUUCCUAGGUAAAGAGAUAUGAUUUAAUUACAUAUCUUGACAUUCCUAAAUAUCCAUUUCUCUUUUCUGCAGUUGGGAAUUAUACGUAAAUAUUCAAUUAAAAUAUCCUAGAGAUAAUACCACAGGAUGGGGAAUGGUUUCAGUUUAAGUUACUUCAGGAUAUUGCCCAUCAUAUUGUUAAUUUUGUGAAGUAUCAUUCAAAUGUAAGACUUGUAUCCCUGGCUAUUUUGAUUAUCGAAGGGGUAGCUGCAUUAGUAGUUGCUAAGGCCCUUAUUAAAUUUUGAAUGGUUCUUAUUGUUAUGAUUAUGAUGAUGAAACACCAUGUAUCAUAUAUAUAUUUAUAAUUAGACUCUUAAUAUUUAAUUUAAGAAUAUACAAAUAAAGCCACAGAUCCUGAAUAAUAUUCAUAAUAUACUUUGAUAUCUCAAAAUGGAACUAAUUUUUUAAAAGGAUUAGAUAUUUAUUAUUCAUAUUGGCAAUAAUAUAGAGUUUUUGGAGGUCCUUUUGUUUGGGCUUAAGCUAAAUUCUCAAGAGUUCAUAAUAUCAUUGAUCCACAUCAUAGUAUUACUAUUGGCUUUUAUAUCCUAUAUGGACCAUCAUUCCCUUCAGAUGGGUAAUUUAUAUAUACAAUUGAAAAUAAUACACCAGUUUCUAAAUCAAUCCUUAGUUAUUAAUCAUCUAGUUCUGAUGGGUCAAAAUAAGAUAAAGUAUAUUAAAAAAUAAUACAUAAUACAAAUACAUUAACUAUUUAAUGGGAAUGUUAUGGACCUAAUAAUGAACCUAUUAAUGCUUAUUGUGGAUUUUAUAAUUAUUAUAUAGCUAUUCAUAAAUGUUAACCUUAUUGUUUAUAAUGUUCUGAUUAAAAUACAUGUUAAUUAUGGAAUAGUACUUAUGAUCCAAAUAUUAUUAAAUUUUCAUAAUCAGAAUGUUAAAUUAAUUAAUAUUAUGAUUAAGAUUAAGUUAAAUGUUUAGAUUGUAAAUUAUCUUGUUAAACAUGUACAUCUUUAAUAGAUUGUUAAACAUGUUAAUCUACUUAUACAUUAACUAAAUUAGGAUGUAUUUGUAAAUUUAAUUAAUAUGAACAAUCUAAUUAAUGUUUUGAUUGUCCAAUAGAAUGUAAUCAAUGUUUAAGUUCAACUUAUUGUAUAGAAUGUUUAAUUACUAAUAAUAGAUAAUUAUAAAAUGGAUAAUGUAAUUGUAUAGAUGGAUAUUAUUCUAUUAUAUAAAAUCCAUAAUGUUAAUUAUGUCAUUAAUUUUGUAAUACAUGUAAUGGACCUACUUUUAAUGAUUGUAUUAAUUGCAAGAAUAUUAUUAAUAUUGAAAAUAUAGGAUCAACUUGUAGAUGUCCAUAAGGAUCAUAUUAUUAAGAAUCAAUAUAAACAUGUUCUUAUUGUCAUUAAUCAUGUUAAACAUGUUUUAGAACAACUAUAGAUGGUUGUUUAACAUGUGAUAUAUCAUUAAAUAGAAUAUUAAUAGGAUUAUAAUGUUAAUGUAUAUCUGGUUAUUAUGAAUUAAAUAAUAUUUGUAUAAGUAAUUAAAUUAUUUAUUAUUAUUAAUAGAUUGUCCAAAUAUAGAAGAUAUAUCUUUAAAUAAAUGUUAUAAAUUAUGUAAUAAUAAUUAAUAUAUAUGGCAUACUAUUAUAUGUAAUUCUUGUGAUAAUGGAUUUUAAUUAAUAUCUGGUGAAUGUUAACCUAUUUGUGGAGAUUAAUAAAUAAAAGGAUAUGAAUAAUGUGAAGAUGAUAAUAAUAUUUUAGAUGAUUUAUGUUAUAAUUGUUAAUAUUAAUGUCCAAUUCAUUGUUUAACAUGUAAUUAAGAUACUAUUUUACCAUGUCCUGAUAUUUGUGGUGAUGGAUAUAUUACUGGAAUUGAAGAAUGUGAAGAUGGUAAUAUUAUAUAAUAUGAUGGAUGUUAUAAUUGUAAAUAUUAAUGUUAACCUUAAUGUACUUAAUGUAUUAAAGGUUAAUGUUUUGAAUGUGCUACUGCAGGAUGGUUUAUUGAUCCAACAAUUAAUCCUUGGUAAUGUAAAGAAAGAUGUGGAGAUAUGUAAAUUGUUGGAAAUGAAUAAUGUGAAGAUGGAAAUUCAAGUGAUACAGAUGGAUGCAAAGAUUGUAAAUAUUACUGUAGAAUUGGUUGUUCAUCUUGUGAUUAUACAAAUAAAACUUGUUUAAGUUGUGAAUUCCCUGGUUUUGUUCCUUAAUCUUAUUAUUGUAAAAAUAUUUGUGGGGAUGGACUUGUAGUUACAGAUCCUUAUGGAUUCUAUUCAGAACAAUGUGAUGAUGGUAAUACAAUUAGUUAUGAUGGUUGUAGUAGUUCAUGUUAAUUUUAAUGUUAAUAAUCAUCUAUUUGUACUAGUUGUAUAAAUAAUAAAUGUGAAAUUUGUGCUCCUGAAUAUUAUUUAUCUUCUGAUUAAAUAUGUAUUCCAAUUUGUGGAGAUUCAAUUAAAUUAACAGUUGAGAAAUGUGAUGAUGGGUUAAUAUUACCAUAUAAAGGAUGUUAAAAUUGUAUUCCAAAGUGUUAAUCUUCUUGUUUAAAUUGUAGUAAUAGUGGACUUGGUUGUAUUGAAUGUAAAUAAGGUUAUGAUAGAAUUGAUAAUUUAUGUUAUUCAAUAUGUGGUGAUAGAAUAAUUACAGAUGAUGAAUAAUGUGAUGAUGCCAAUUUUAUUAUAGAUGAUGGAUGUCAUUUAUGUUAAUUUACUUGUUAACAUUCAUGUCUCAAUUGUAUUUAAGGACUUUGUUAUGAUUGUUAAGAUGGUUAUCAAUUAUAAUCAUUUAAAUGUUAUCCUAUAUGCGGAGAUGGAAUUUAAUAAAAUGAUGAAUAAUGUGAGAUAUUAUAUACUGAAGUAUCUUAAAUCAACUGUAAAUCUUGUAAAUUUACUUGUGAUAUUAAUUGUUAUCUAUGUCAAUUUGGUAUAUGUUAACAAUGUAAAGAUGGUUAUUAUUUUUCUUUGAAUCAAUAAUAUUGUAUUAAAACUCUAGAGAAUACUGCUAUUGUAAUUGAUAACUGCCAGAUUUAAAUUGACUAGAUUUGUGUCAAAUGUGAAAAUUAUGCAUACUUUGAUAAAGUAGAAUAGAAGUGUAAAUUAAAUGUUGUACCUCUAACUUUUUGUUAAUAUUAUCUUAAGGUAUCUCCAGAUUUAUAUUGCAAUCAAUGUUUUGAAUAAUGCAAAUAAUGUGAUGAAAACAAUUGUAUAACUUGUUAGAGCGGAUAUUAUUUGGAUGAAAACUUUUAAUGUAUUUCCUUUUGUGGAGAUGGAAUACUAUCACAUGAUGAAUAGUGCGAAAUUAAUGAUCAGGAUUGCUUAAGCUGUAUGUAUGAAGCUCCAAAGUUAUGCUAAUUAUAUUUUUUAAAUCUUUGUUAUGAAUGUUAACAUGGAUAUUAUUUUAACUAAUAUUCCAACAUCUGUGAAUCUCAUUGUGGAGAUGGAAUUGUAGCUCAUGAUGAGGAUUGUGAAGAUAAUAAUCACUUACAAUAUGAUGGUUGUUAUUAUUGUAAAUACUCUUGUAAUUAAUAAUGUAUUAAUUGUAUAAUGGGUUAAUGUUAAGAAUGUGAAACAAAUUACUUUCUUUAAGAUGGUAUUUGUUAUGGUUAAGAGAAUGAUACAUAAUGCACACCUGAAUGUAAGCUAAACUUAAUGGGAUAAUGUUUAAUUUGUGAGAAUGAAUAUUAAUUAAAUGAUUAUGGUGAUUGUGUAUUUAAAUGCCAAGAAGGUUGUGUAUAUUGUAAUAAUGGCUUAUGCUUAUAAUGUGCAUAAUAAUAUUAUUUAGAAAAUAAUAACUGUAUUUUAAUAUAGGAAUGUUCAACAGGUUUUUACUUCAAUUAAGAUUUAUUAUUUUGUGAAUCAUCCUGCGGUGAUGGAUACAUAACUGGAUGGGAAGAUUGUGACGAUUAGAAUAUGCAAUAGUUUGAUGGUUGUUAUUAAUGCAAAUAUGAAUGUGUUGAUAAUUGUAUUGAAUGUAUAUAGGGUAAAUGCUUCCAGUGUUCUUAAGAAUUUAAUUUAAUUGAAAAUAAAUGUUUAUCGAAAUGCUAAGAAACUUGUCUUAAUUGUUAAUAAGGAGUAUGUUAAUUUUGUAGCAGUGGUUAUUAUUUGAAUGAAUAUUAUUAAUGCGUAAAAAUUGAUUGUGAGUAUGAUUUCAGCUGUAAUUAAACAUGUGGAAAUGGUAUAAUUGAAGAUUUAGAAUAGUGUGAUGAUUAGAAUCUUACUAAUGAUGACAGUUGUAAUAAUUAUUGUGAAAAAACUUGUGAUCCUAAUUGUAUUAGUUGUAUUGAUGGUGUUUGUUUUUAAUGUAAAGAAGGAUGGAAAUUAGGAUUAUUUUAUUGUGAAUCUAUUUGUGGAGAUUUAAUGAUAGUAGGAAAUGAAGAAUGCGAUGACGGAAAUUCAAUUAAUUAUGAUGGGUGUUUUUAAUGUAAAUUCUAAUGUGCUCAAUUUUGUAAUGAAUGUUAAAAUGGAAUAUGUUUAUCUUGUUAAAAUUAUUUUGAAUUAGAUUAAUAAAAUAAUUCAUGUAAACCAACUCCUCCUAUGCUUGUAAUUUAUGAAUAACCUGAUUGUAAAUUGUUAAAUAAUAACUAAUGUAUAUAAUGUUAGUUUGGAUACUUAGAUUUGAUAACCAAUAAUUGUAUUAUAGAGUAUAAUAUGAACAAAUGCUCAAGAAAUUGUAAAAAAUGCUUACUAUAGUAAUGUAUAGAAUGUGAAUAGGGAUAUUAUGGAAAUAAAUGUAUUCCUAAAUGCGGUGAUGGUAUAAUAGUAUAAGAAGAGGAGUGUGAUGAUGGUAGUUAAUACUCAUUAGAUUCUUGUUUAAAUUGUAAAUACUAAUGUCCUCAAUAUUGUAAAAAGUGUGCUUAUGGAGUAUGUACUCAUUGUUAAGAAGGAUUCUAUUUGGAUAUUGUAAGUAAUUCAUGUAAUUCUGUUUGUGGAGAUAAAAUAUAGGCAAGUGAUGAAGUAUGUGAUGAUGGUAAUGAAUUGAGAUAUGAUGGUUGUUUUUAAUGCAAAUAUCAAUGUCAAAUGGAAUGUUUAAAUUGUUAAUUUGGAAAAUGUAUAUAAUGCGAAUCUUCUCUAGUACUAGUUUAAUCGAAGGGAAUUUGUGAAGAACUAAAAUAAUGUGAAGGUUUGAUAGGAUUGUAUUAUGAUAGUUUCACUAAUAAUUGUAUAACUAGAUGUGGAGAUGGAAUUGUGUUAGGUAGUGAAUAAUGUGAAGAUUAGAAUAAUAUUCCUUAUGAUGGAUGUUAUGAAUGUAAAUAUUAGUGUGAUAAAAUGUGUUCAAAUUGUUAGAAAGGUGAAUGUUUUGAAUGUUAAGUUGGUUAUUAUUUAAAUGGACAGAAAUGUGAAACCAAAUGUGGAGAUGGUAUAAAAAAUGGUGAAGAAUUAUGUGAUGACAAAAAUGAUGUUGUUAGAGAUGGUUGUACAUUCUGUAAAAUUGAUCCUUCUUAUAAAUGUGAAGAAGAUAAAUCAUUAUUAAGUUAUUGUUAUAAAUGCUAAGAAAAUUGUGAUGAUUGUAAAUAAAACAUUAACAAAAUAGAAUGUUUAAAAUGUAAAAUUGGAUAUUUUCUUAAAGAUAAUUCAUGUAAUUAAUGUUCAGAAAAAUGUGAGGAAUGUGAAAAUACUCCAAAUAAUUGCACUAAAUGCAUAACUGAUGGUUGUUAGAAAUGUGAUAAUAUAUCUGGGUUAUAUUUAAAUAAACAAUUAAAAUCAUGUGUUACUAAAUGUGGAGACAAUAUCAUAGCAGGUAAAGAAUAAUGUGAUGACGGUAAUCAAACUGAUAAAGAUGGAUGCAAUUCUAAAUGUGAAAUUGAAAAAGAAUUCAUUUGUAAAGAUGGUGUAUGUAUUUUGCCACCUAAAAAAUAAGUUACUUUUACAUAUUCUAAUUCAACUACUGCUAAUGAUUUUGAUUUGAAUUUUGAGGAUAUCAAGAUAGAAGGUCUUUGUGAUAAAGUAUAAAUUUGGAUAGAAUAAUUUUAAUCAAAUGAAUUCUAAUAUAAUAUUACAAUAAAAGAAAAUUACACAUCAAUAAGUUAGGGUUGUUAAAUAUAAUUUAAAUUCUUUAAAACAAUAUUAGAAUCUAAUCUUAUUCAUUUAAUAGUUCCAUUAAAGGAAAAUGUUACAAGAAUUCUAGAAGAAGAUACAAGAGAGAUUAUUAUAACUCCGAGAAGAUUGGUGUAUUAUAAUGAAGAUUAAAAAGCACAAGCUUAAAGCAUAGCAUCAGCUUCUUCAACAUUCACAUUCCUACUUUAAUUAAUUGGACCUUUAACUAUUCUUUUAGGGGGAUUCAAUUUUUUCUGGACAAUUCUCGAUAUAUUGACUUGGAUUAACAAUUUUUACUUUCUUAAUGUGGAUUAUCCUUUAAAUGUUAAAAUAUUUUUUAAUUAACUUUAAUGGGGUGAUAUAAUUAAUAUUCCUGAUAUUAUUUCAUUAAAUUCACCAGAUGAUCCUUAUUAUUUUGAAGCACCUCCUAAAUUUGCUGAAAAAGAUGUGAAUCCAUUAUUUCUAAAUAAUAUUUAAUUAUUUUGUGGACUAAUUUUACUUGCAAUUUUAGCCUAUAUCUGUGCAAGUGGAAUAGUAUCAAUUAUUAAAAAUAAAUAUGAACCAAAUUUUAUAAAAUCACAUAAAAUUGAAAUUUUUUCAGUGAAUCAACUUAAAUAGAGUGUUGAAAUAACUUCUCCAUAGAAGUUGCCAACAAAAAUACUAGAUAUAUAACCAAAAAAAAUGCCAUCUUUAAUAAAUGCUAUAUAUAAAGAACUUCUAAGUUUUAUAGAGAAUUUUAGAGCUAAAUUGCUUUAAAUAAUUGGAUUAGUAUUUUUGGAUAUUUGUUUGGCUUGUGUUCUUUAAUUAUAAUAUACUUCCAAUUAAGAAUAUACUAUCAUCAAAUUGAAUAUUGUUUUAGCUGUGGUUGGAAUUAUUUUUAUUUAUUUGGUGUUUAAAUUAUACUCUUUUGUUUGUUCUUAACAUGAAAUUUUAUAUGAAAAUAAAAUCUUUUCAAGUUAUUAUUCUUCAUUAUAUGAAGGAAUAGAUACUAAACAAUAAUUGGCUAGGAAUUAUUGUUAUGUUAAUUUAAUGAGAAAAGCUUUAUUUAUAUUUUUUACAAUAUAUUUUUAUGCUGUGCCUUUAUUGUAAACAUCAUUAUGUUGUUUAACAUGCUUCUUAAAUUUAGCAUUAAUUAUUUAUUAAAAUCCAUUUGAAAAUAGAAGUAUACUUAUAUAAACAGCUGUACCUGACUCUUGUAUUUUCAUUAUCAUUGUUAUUACAGUUUUACUGGCUAUUCAUGAUGUAAGUUUUAUAUUCUCUUUUGAUCAAAAGUAUUUCAUAGGAUGGCUAAUAUUAUUUUUUAUUGGAUUUUCAAUAUUAGUUUAAUUGAUCUUUCUAUUCUAAUAGUUUUUUAUUGAAAUGAAAUAGAGACUGAUUUAAUUAAAGGAUAUUAUAUGUUCAUUAAAAAUUAAAAAGAGUUGA